AUGAACAGGAAACCCGUAGGCGGCCGAGCUGCGUACACCAUCACGAGGGGGACCAACAUGGUGCUCCUCCGACUCCUAGUGUCGACGGACUGACGGCACUGCACAUCUCUCCUACGGGCGUUGUUGCCCUCCAGCAAAGCUCGCAAAAACGCAAACGUCCCCGGUGGGCUAACCCCGCUGCACAUCGCGGCCGCAUGUUCACGUCUUGGAAUGGCGAAGCUAUUGUUGUCCAACGGCGCCGACAUCGGCAUCCUCGACAACGACCAUGAAACCCCGCUCGACAUCGCCGUCGGAGAGGGGUAUAAGCUGCUCAUUCGUUCGCUCCUGAAACGCCCGGCCGCCGAACAUAGGCAUCAUCUUGAGUGCUCAAGGUUGCACAUGGCCGUCCUGGCCUCGCACCUGCCCCUCGUGCGUGAUAUAUUGAAGAGCCCCAGCGUGGAUGUAUUUUAA